UCCUGAUGCAUUUUCUGUCUCGGGGGGUUGGAUUUGGCCAGUCUUCAUGAGAUUUUGUUGUGGCCAUCUCUGGAAUGCGGAUCGUUGCAUCGUUCUGUCGGAAUGCCAUUCGCAGAAUUUUUUUCGAAUGUAUUCGGGGCCGCUUUGCGUUUGUUUGAGCUCUGCAUGUGACCCAGAGGAGAGGUCUCCGUGGUCUGCAAUUGGGAAGAAGGAGAUUGGAUACCUUAAUUUUGUGCAUGUGAGAUGCUGCUGGAUCGAAUCACUCGGAUGCGAGGGGCCUUCCUUCCUCACCUUGGUGGUCAAUGUUAUUAUUAUUAUUUUUUUUUGUGGGGGAUAAACGGAAUAUUUGCUUCUGGAAGUAGAAGUCAGCGUGCCAAGAGCAUCCGCGAACAAAGCUCUUGGUGACAAAAUAGCGUUUGGACAAAGAAGUCUCGGUCAUUGUGGAAACCAGACGGAGUUGAAGCUAUGACUAACCUCGAAGUUAAACCUGAGAGAAAGAACGAAAGUCAACGUGUUGAAAGUCCAAAGCCUCACGAGGAGGUUCCAGUGAUCGAACUAGUGGAGGAAGCAUCCCCUAAAAAUAUAACUCCAAGGUUGGAUAUCUUCAAAUUGGAAAAUGACAGCAGUUUUCGAUCUCAUCAAGGAUCUAUAAGAGCACAUCUUGGAGGUGAUAAAGUUGUCAAGCGGGGAGCAAAACAAGCGAAUCGGCGAAAAGGUGAAAUACAGGGAUUGGAUACACAACAUCUAUCUAUGAGGUCAGUUCAAAGAGGUCAGUUCAAAGGGGAUUCAGUUGCGAAACCAACAGGAGCAGAGGUGGAAAAUUCUACGUUGAAGCAUAUCCAAUCUGAAAACGGCAGUUCAAUGAAUCUAUCUGGAUUGACUGAUGCAGAUGACCAAGCAGAGGCGUUUGCUGCACUUGCAGCUGUUAUGGAAGUACAUGGUAUUCCAAAAGUAGUGGUGGGUUUGGCAGCUGAUUUUCCCGGAGACACAGGCAUGUAUAGCAAUUAUCAAUGCAGCAUUUGCAAGAAACCUGAAACUGCAAAGUACACAAUUGUGUGCGAUAAGUGUCAGCAAAGUUAUCACUUAAUCUGUGUAGAGCUUAAUCCUAACCAAGCCAUGGAGAAAGAGAAUGAGCACUGGCGUUGUGAUUCUUGUGGGCCAGAGCUUGAGGGACAGUACUGGGGACUAGGGAGGAUCACUGCACAGCAUGAUCGGAAGGAGGCAGAUUCAAAAUGGGAUGUAUCUACGUCGCAUGCUGAUGCUCUUGAACGUCUUGUUGUCAUAUUACCUGCUAUUGAUGCAGCUGUUGAAGACGAUGGUAAUGGAAUACAAUUGCAGACAUCACCUGCGACAAGGACAGAUUAUGGUCAUGGAGGGGCUGGUAAUCUUAGCUUUAAAUCAGCGAGAACUAAAAACGAAGAUGUUGCUAGACUUGCUUGUAAAGAAAAUGUGAUGCCUGUUAAAAGAGGCAGAGGGCGUCCAAGGAAGGAUUCAAAAGUGUUGAAAGAGCAAAUUAUCACAAAUGCAACGAAGGACAUGGGAAUUCAGGAUAGCGGACUCAUCGAACUGCAACCUGCUCUUAAUAUAGGGUUUCUAGGACUCGCAAAUUCUCGGAAAGAAACCAAGCGACGGAAAGAUUCAAAUGUACAGGAUACUGCUCAGAAGCUGGGGUCGCCAAUAAAUCCUGUAGAUUUAUCGGUUGAGGGCUUUAGAUCCAGUAAAGAGAAAUUACUAAGUAUGAGGCGUGGUGAGCUUGUUGAGGUUUCUAAGAGGCCCAUUGUAAAAAACAUUCCAUUUGUCAAAGAAAGUCGUACGCAUCCGCCUGCUGGUGAACUUCUGACGAGAAGAAUCCCUGCAGAACUCGUAGGAGAUACCCUUCAGGUUUGGGAGUUUUUGUGCCGUUUCUCCGACGUCCUUGGUUGGACAUCUUUAACCUACGAGGAAUUGGAAUCAGGUUUGGUAAACUUAGGGCCACCUUUGGCAACGGACACAAUUUUAGACGUGAAAAUACGAGAUUCUCUCGAUCUCAGGAGCAGGAAAGAUUCAGAAAAAAAUUGUGCUGUAGCAGGUCGUGGUAGUCUUAGCGAGCAUGGUGGAGCAAGACCUGGUGUUCCGCUAGAGAAUGGUCCAUAUUUUGCUUGUGAAAGUGAUGGUUUAAAAGCUGAAGGUUCAGGCUGUGUCAGAACUUCUCUGAUAGCCCAUGGGCUUAAGCAAGAUACGACCACAGGGCAAAUUAGGAAUCCACCACAAAGGACGGCUGUACACGAGAUAAGUAAUAGAACAAUCGGCCCUGCUGAUUCGCCGGGACUAGAGGUGUCUGCAACAGAGGUGGCAGUGGCGUUUUCGGAUGGCAUGCUUAAUGAGCACUUCGUCAUGAUGUCCACGACACAUAUAUUACUUCUAAAGCUAUUGCUUGCUGAUCUGCAGUUUCGAAUUAGCGGUACCCCCAAUGUUAACAAAUCUGAAGAGCCAAAGAAGAAGGGACGUAAACCCCUAUAUGAAGUUCCACAGGUUCCACAGGACGUAACAAUGCCGGAGUUUCCAAACGACCUGCCCAUUAAUGAGGUGACCUGGCCAGAACUUGUACGAAGGUAUUUGAUCACUGUUGUUGAGGUUGAGAAAUAUGGAGACCUCACAGAGUUAAAACCGGAGGAACGUAAAUGGUUGAUGAGAUGCCUCCAAGGUGAUGGCGGCGUGCCGUGCGGUGCACUCUACACAGUUGUGGGUGUCGAGAGUGAUGCACAGGUUUUAGUUGAAGCUGAGAAAGAACUGGCCGUUCGGUUACCAAAUGUGGAUGAAGUGGGAGAGGAACUGGAUGACCCUGUUGACGAGUUCGACAAACUUCCUCAAUGGGUGGAGGCAUUAAAACCUGUAAUGAAAAUGGCCACAAAUGUUGGUUCCCGGAUUAGAACUAAGGUGAAAGAAGCUCUGGAGUUGGGCCCUCCAGAGUGGGCUAGAGAUACUUUAAAGUGGUCGAUAAGUAAGGAAGUCUUUAAAAGCAAUGCUUCUGGUCCGACAAAGAAAGCUAUUAUUGAGGUCUUGACGUAUUUUAAUCUUUCGCCCUCUUGCGAUUCCCCAAAUUACAAGACAAAGACUAAGAAGAUGAUGCCCUCAGUUGAUGAGCUCAUGCAGCGCUGCCGUGUUGUUUUGAGGACUUUGGCAGACGCUGACAAGACUGAUACCUUUUCUAUACUCAUAGGUCCAGAAGGGCACGGUUCAAGAAGGCUGCAUGGAAUGGUGGCACGCCCCCUCGAUUUUCGAACUAUCGAUGCCCGGCUUGCUGCUGGGGCUUAUGGUGGAUCUGUCGAUGCGUUUGCGGAGGAUGUUAGACAAAUAUGGAGGAACGUAGAGUCAUUGCAGAAAGGAGGUGACGUGAUGCAACUGGCAUCUGAUUUGUCUCAAAUUUUCGAAGAACUGUUGCAAAAACAGGUCUUAAACUUUAUGAAUGGCAUUCCAGAAGUUAAUGUGGAUGAGCUCAAGAUUGAUGAAGUUAAUGCUGUGGAAGAAGGAAAAGACAUCGAUCUAUUCAGUAGGUCAGUAACAGCUGAGAAUCCCGAUGAGAAUAAGCUGCAGAGGGCUCCUUGGCAAGAUACUGACACUUGUAGAGUGUGUGGGGUAGAUGAAGACUACGAGAGCAUCAUGCUGUGUGACAAGUGCGAUGCAGAAUAUCACACCUACUGCUUGAACCCACCUCUGGAGAGGGUUCCCGAAGGUACCUGGUUCUGUCCUGAGUGUGUUGCGCUUGACAAAGUUUUUCCAGACAGACUUAGAAAGGACGGGGAAUUGGUUGGGACUGAAUCAUUGGAAGGGGAGGAAGAUCAUUGUUCAGCCGAUCGAAAUAUGGAUAAUCCAGUUCAAACAAAACAUGAGAGCGCUGCGGAGCGUCUUUUAAAGCAAGUUGAGCUGAAAGAGUAUUGGCAGCUGGGACUGUCGGAGAGAAUUUAUAUUCUUAAAUUUUUAUGCGAAGAAUCGCUGAAGACCACAGAACUCCGUACACAUUUGGAAAAGAGCGUGGAAUUAGCGUAUGAUCUCCAGCAACAACUCAGUGCUUUACGUGCACUAUGGGAGGGUUCUGUAAUAGCUAUUGACGAGAAGGGAAAGCAGCGGAAAAAGAUGGUUGAAAACUUGAAGUCGCGACCACACAGUGUGACAGGCACAGAAGCAGCACGUAUUGAUUCGUGGUCCAUCAGCUUAAAACAGCAUUCUUCUGCCGUUGUAGAUGCUGAAGAUAUUACACCAGCUUUGCCACGGCUUCUAAAUUUUGACGUCGAUGGUGACGAAUACGAGAAUGCAGUUGAGAGGGAUACCACAAUUAUGGCAUUUCUUGAUUCUGACAAAGCGGGAAAGGGUGACACUGUAUCUGUCAGUAGUGCUAUCCAUGAGAACCAUAAGUCGAAUGAGCAAAUCAAGAUUGAAGAUGCAAGCAAUGGUGUGAUUGCUUCUAACAAUCUAAUAAAUCAUUUUCCUUCUUCAGCUGAUCUCUCCGUUGCAGUCCUCAAUUGCACAGUCAAUGCAAUGAAGAGAAAACAUUGUGUUGGCGCUCAGGAGGGUGAUUUAAUGGCAGAGGUUGGGUCGAGAAUCGAGACUGCAUCAGAGAAUGUAACGACCAGAAAUAGCAAACAAGCGAAAUUCGAAGAGUAUAAUGAAGACGCUCAGCCUGCGGUUGAGGUCAUGAAUGUCACUGCAGCUUUAAAUCAAACAGUAAAUGUUUAUCUGGACAAGAACAGGGGGGCCCGGGGAAGUCAUUUGACUGAUCAUGAUGGAGUAGAAUUGAAGACAUUUGAUUCGAAUGAACAGAUUGUUAAGUUUCAUUUUUCUAGUGAACUCCAGGGGCUGACUGUAGCCCCUGGUUCUGAUUUCAAACUCGGCGGAACCCUUGAGAGGGAUGUUAAUACGUACCCCGAAAAAGUGCCCAGACGUACCAGUUCAGAAUCGGGCACAAAGAACACUGCUGUUUGUGAGGAAUCAAACGCGGAAGCUGAAUCCGGACGGAAGAUAGCGGUACGAUCAAGUCGCUUGAUUCCUGAACUUUCCAGCUUAUCUGAAGGUAGUGUGAAGGUCGGGACAUCCGGUGCUGGAUUCCUACCUCGGACACCAAAACGCAAGCUUGAAUUGGUUUCGAAUAUAGAGUCUCGAAAGAAACUGAAGACAGAUGCUCAAGGUACUCCUGCAUUUGGCGAAGUUAUCGAUGAUUCACACAGAGGUGAAGCCUUCUCUAAACUUCAAAAACACGGACUCUUGCAGUCACCUGCAAUAAUGGGCUCGACUCCUUCGAGCACAUCUUUAAAGAUGCAUGCAGAAAUUAUGAAAUUGAAGUUGAAGCUGCACAACACAGCUUUGCGGCGCGACCACCUUGGCACUGACGAUAUUGGAAGGAAUUAUUGGGCCCUUUCAGGACCAAAGCAGGCCUCUAUGCUUGUCGUUUCAGAAUGCGAUGUGAUAGCUGGAGCUGAAUUUGAAAGGACAGAGGAAAGCGUUUUCUCUUAUGUAGAACAUAACGUGAGAAAUGAUGACGAUAGAGAUAUCUCACAAGGUGAUCAUUCUGUGGAUAAAACUAAGGUGGUGAAGACUCGCUGGUGGGCAUACCAAAACGAUGCAUCAAUUGACUCCCUCUUGGCGUGGUUAAAUCCUCGUGUUGAAGUGGAGCUAGCUCUGAAAACUUCCAUUUGCAACUGGCGAAAAUCUUUGAUUUCCAAAUUUCAUGAGCUUCUUCAGGAGAAACAGAGUAACAACCCCUUAGAAAACCUUACCGAUGGAGCUUUAAAAAAAGAACCGGAAGCUCAGAUCUCUAAAGUCAUUCCUAAAAAGUUCCCUGCUUUACAGGCAACCGCCAUUCUUCAGAUGAGGCACGGUUCAGCUAGUUCCUUAGAUAGAAUAGUGCCGAAGAGGGCUUUGCUGGCUAUGGGGGAAAGAGUAAUUCGAUGCAGCUGCCUAGAACCUCUUUUGAAGUUCAAAAGGCACUGCCAAGCGUGCCAUGAGACUUACGAGUCUACAGUGGAACUUGAAAGUCAUAAGAGCGUUUGUCCUAGUUCAGCAGGCACCGAUUCCUUUCAUAUGAAGAAUCAGAAAGCAACUGAGAAGGGAAAUAAUAGUGGUUUUUUUGAGAAAGAUCAGAAAAGAAAGUCUACUUCACCGAUGGAAGAAACCGAACUAUUUUCGGAAAGAGAGGAUAUUUACGUGCUUAGUUGUGAAAAAAAUGUUUGUUUGUCACUAGAAUUUUCAGAGCCAAUAGUUCAGAGACAUGCAGCUAGAAGCAAAACACAGCCUCCUCAUUGUUUGGAAUCAGAUGAUGCAAAUGUCAUCGGCAAUUGGGCUGCAUCCGAAGAGCCCGUGGAAGAUGCUUUCUUUCUCUCUGACUUUCAAGAUGAUACACAGAAUAUGGAUGUUGAUGACGUUGAGGCAGAGGAUUUGCGUAUGGGAUUUGGAUCCUUUUCAUCGCUUCUUCAAGAUGAUGAAUGGGAAGCUAAUGAAAGAUCUGAAUUAAAACGGAAGAAACCUGGCUCGGGCAAGAAGACCUCUAAGAAACCUCUUAUUCAGGGAGCCAGAGAAAUGACACUUGCCAACUUUGAUUAUGCUUCUUUGCCAAUGAAUUUCUCUACACCAGACUCGACUCGGGGCAGAAUACUUCAAAUUGGGUGUAUAGCAGACCAGGGCCCAACUUUUGCUCCGGCUCUGCAUUUUGCGCCCGCAUUUGAUCUCUCUCUUAUGAUCAAGCCAUUCCAUCCUGUUUUUAAUGUUAAUGAUGUACAAGGAGUUGAAUUUCCAGGUUCAUCCCCACCUCCAUCUUCACUUAAUGACAGUUCCACGGAGGAGUUAAAUCCGAAGGAUUUUGUUGAGGGAGGCUUGGAUGCGGUGUCUUGGUAUGAUCCUCAAACCUCAGGGGAGGUUCCCCCCGACUUGAUUUUUGCGUCAGAAAUCUUAGGUUUGCCGAUAUUGGAAUCAGAUAAGAAUUAUGUUUCUCACACGGACGGUGGAUGCGCUCUCGAGGUUGAUGCAGAAAAUAUUAUCAUUACAAACGAUGAGAUGCAGCCUGGUUGUACCCCCAAUACUAACAGAUGUGAAAAGGAUUCAUUGAGUGGCACACUGGAAUUAAGAUAUGCAGUCAAUGCCACCGAAGUAGAAACUGUUUCCUCUUUUGAUAAGUUACGACCAACCUCUGAUUUAGAACACUCCGACUUGGUUCCUUUCAGUGCACUCAAGACGCAACCCCUUCCUAAUUUGGACGUGCCACUUGCGACGGUUGUAAUUGAAGCACCAGCGGUUGUUCCAAACUCCAUAACCAUGAAGAAACCUUCUAAAUUUUUUGCUGUUCCAGAGCCUUCAUUACGUCCCCUUGUAGGAGAACAAUAUGGAGUAUUAGUAGGAAUAAAAAUGAGGCUGUUGGAUAUGGAGGCAGCCAUGGGAGUUGACAUCUUGAUACCUAUAAAAUCUGCACCAGCCAGACGGCGAGCAUGGCGUUCUCUUGUUAAAUCUGCUCUUUGUAUAUACGAGAUGACCAAGUCUGUCAUCCUUCUUGAGCAAAUGGUGCGGGCAGACUGUUUGAAGAGAACGUGGUGUUAUUGGUCAUCACUUUCAGCUGCUGCUAGAUCUGCUACUCUCUCCACAUUGGCUUUAAGAAUAUUUGCCUUUGAUUCUGCAAUUAUGUACAAAAAAGAGGAGCUGAUUGCUGAUGAUACAUUACGGUCAAGUACGGUGAAGAAGUCCAAAAAGAUACCUGUGCAAGUGCCAUUUUCCUCCAACAAGAAGAAAGUCAACAGGAUCAGCUGAGUAUGGCCUGAUGUUGGUGAGAUGGUCGAUUUCCCGAUGCGUUCUGGUAGUGCAGUUCUCUAGAUUGAGAACAUUUUCCGUGAAGUCUUUAAUGUGUAAAUACCACUAAAACAUUCUACUAUCACCAUUUUUUGCAAUGAAUGCUGACAGUUUCAACAAUUCUUACUGCCCA